AUGCUCAGCAACCACGCCCUACCCUCCUUACCGUCACAGAACCCGAACAUGGUCUCGCCUUUCGACCCCUUCUCCUUGGUCGCCUUGCCCGACCCAUCAUCCGCCAGCCCCAACAUGGGACCAGCCUUCAGUCGAGCAAACAAGGAUGGUGUUGGUGGCGACCCGACAGAGCUUAUUUCGGUGUUCGACGCCUGCCUCCGCGUUGGCAGGCUAGAGAGGGCCAUGCUUGUGCUCAACCGGGUUGAUACGAUACCGUCAUUCACCGAGGAGGAGCGCAUCGUUCUUCACAAUCAGUUUCUCCGAGCGGCCAUUCAAAAGUUACGGACGAGUCCGAAUGCCAAACAGGAGGCCAACUCCUUGCACCAAUGGUACGAGAUGAACAUUCGCAGGUCGCGCGCACAAGGUCUUCCCCACACGCCCGAGACUAUUGCGUGUAUGCUCAAGAUUUCGAUCGUCUCCGAGAGUGGAACGAGGUUGCGACGGCUCGUCAAGAGGUACAUGGGAAUGGCGCCUGGCGAAGCGGGACUGCAGGUCUUGUACAUGGCGGAUAUCCUCAGCGACUCCGACCUGGCUACCAUUACCGAAAUUUGCCCCACCUACAACUUUGAGAGCGAGCCGCAGAUCGAGGACGGGGAGCUCGAAGCCCAGGUGGAAGAGGCCAACGCACGCGCGCAGACUGAGGAGGGACUUGCACAGGCCACACCCGAGCUGGCGAGCACGGACCAGCGUGGUGAGGGCUUGAAGACCUUGCGCCAAGGUCUUGCCUUUCUCAGGGAUAUUCAAGACGUCGACGUAUCGGCGCUGCCCGAGGCUGAUCAGCGCGAGAUCCAACUCCAGCUCGAACGCGACUCCAUCGGCUCCGCUCUGAGUCGAUGGCGACUCGAAAACCAGAAGCGACAACAGCAAGGCGUCCAGACGGCCAUUACCGGAUCGAAUUCGCAAGGCUUGCCAGGUCAUGUCGCAUCAUGGCUCCAGGCAACGGAAGACAAGUUGAAGGAGGAAUUCAAACUGAUUGUGGCCUCUGAGCAAAAAGCGAAGAAGGGCAAAGCUGAUCUUGAGCGAUGCGCCUACGGCUCGCUGAUUAUGCAAAGCGAGCCCGCCCGUCUGGCUGCUGUCACGAUCCUCACUGUUCUCAAUGCCAGCGCGCACAUUGGCAUGGACAAGGGCACACCCGUGAGCCGUCUUUUCAAUCUCAUUGGUGGCGCAGUCCAAGAAGAUGUCUUUUUGCAAAGUAAGGAGAGGAGGCGCAAAGAAUUCAAAAAGCGCAACCUGUCAUACAACAAAGCAAAGGCUGAGGGUCGGACCGAAGAAGAAAUCAAGGAGGAGCAGGAACUUGCGGCGCAAAGUCGUCUGAUCGAGGAACCUCACGAAGCCAAGGAACGUCUAGCUGGUCGCGUGGAUCAGCUGUGGUCACUGCAGACAAGGGCCAAGGUGGGCUCAGUCCUGUUGAAGACCCUCAUCGAGACGGCGAAAAUGAAGGUUACGAAACGUGAUCCUCAGACCGGCGCAGCUGUUCAUCAGUACCAGCCUGCCUUUAUCCACGGGACCGAGGUUCGGAGAGGCAAAAACCAGGGCGUGAUCAACCUGAACGCCGCCCUGGUGGAAAACCUGAAGCGCGAGCCCAUGCCGGACUUCAUGGCGAAGCACCUUCCGAUGAUCACCCCGCCCCGACCAUGGCAGAGUCUCAAGGAGGGUGGAUUCCUUGAAUCCAAGGCUCAGCUCGUCCGUUUCGACUCGGGCGAUGUUGAGCAAGGGCUGUACGCAAAGGCGGCUGUGAACGCUGGCGACUUCAAGACCGUUUUCAAAGGCCUUGAUGUCCUGGGCAAAACAGCUUGGAGGAUCAACACCAAGGUUCUCAACGUGCUCGUGGAAGCUUGGAAUCGUGGUCUUGACAUUGCCAACAUCCCUCCCCUCAACGUCGACACACCCACCCCUGCUGAGCCAGAUCAAGUCACAGACCCAGAGGGUUAUCGGCAGUGGCUCAGGGUUGUCAAGCGCAUCGAGAACGAACGUGCUGGCAAGCACUCGGAAAGGUGUCUCAUGAAUCUGCAGCUCGAGGUCGCGCGCGCCUUCAGGAACCAGACCAUCUACUUUCCCCACAACGUCGACUAUCGUGGACGAGCCUAUCCGAUCCCCACGUAUCUCAAUCACAUGGGCGCUGACCACAUGCGUGGUAUCCUCACCUUCGCCAAGGGUAAGCCUCUCGGUGCCAGAGGCUUGCGAUGGCUCAAGAUUCAUCUGGCCAACGUUCACGGCCUCGACAAGGCCAGUUUCAACGACCGUGAAGCAUUCGCGACCGAGAACCUCGCCAACAUCAGGGAUUCGGCGACUAACCCCCUCGAUGGCGAGCGCUGGUGGCUGAAGGCCGAGGACCCAUUCCAGUGCCUGGCUACUUGCUUCGAGCUCAAAGCAGCUUUCGACCUCGAGGAUCCCACCCAGUAUGUGUCUCAUAUGCCUGUGCAACAGGAUGGUACUUGCAACGGCCUUCAGCACUACGCUGCGCUCGGUGGUGACACUUGGGGCGCGAAGCAAGUCAAUCUUGAGCCUGGCGACAAGCCUGCCGACGUCUACUCAGCUGUGGCGAAUUUGGUCAAGGAGGCGAUCGUCAAGGACGUUGCUGAUGAUAACCCUGUGGCGAAAAUCCUGGACGGCAAAAUCACACGCAAGGUGGUCAAGCAAACUGUCAUGACCAACGUGUACGGUGUCACAUACUCUGGUGCGAAGAAACAGGUUUGCAAGCAGAUUGAUGCUCUGUACCCGAGCCUCGGACCCGACAAUGGGAUGACCAACAUGGACUUGUCUGCCUACAUCGCCAGGAAGAUCUUCGCCGCCCUGGCGUCUAUGUUCCGCGGUGCGCACGACAUUCAGUACUGGCUCGGAGAGGCUGGAGGCCGAGUUUGUCGCGCCUUGACCAAGACGCAGCUGGACCAAAUGGCGGAGAACUACAACGACGAACCCGAGGUCGUGGGCAAGGGGGGCGCAACUGUCAAGAAGGCCAAGGACCCCUCAGGCAAGAAGGGCAUCGAUGAGUUGACAAACAGCUUCCGAUCCACCGUUGUGUGGACGACGCCCCUGCGUAUGCCUGUCGUCCAGCCCUACCGCAAGCCCAGCGUGCGCGAGGUCCGGACGUGCAUGCAGACGGUCGCAUUUGCUGUCAGGGAACAAACCGACCCUGUCAACCGUAGAAAGCAACUGCAGGGAUUCCCUCCCAACUUCAUCCACUCCCUGGACGCCAGUCAUAUGCUGCUCUCGGCCCUGCAGUGCAACGAGCUUGGCUUGGACUUUGCCGCUGUCCACGACUCUUUCUGGACUCAUGCAGCUGAUGUCGAUGCCAUGAACGGUGUGAUCCGCGAGGCAUUCAUCCAGAUUCACGAGGAAGACAUUAUUGGCCGCCUGGCAGCCGAGUUCAAGACGCGUCACCACGGGUCUCUCUAUCUCGCCCACAUUGACCCCGAGACCCCGGUUGCCAAGAAGAUCAAGGCAUUGCGCACGCGUAGCAAGCUCUCGCCCAAGCAGGAGCUCCUCCUCGAACACAAGCGCAACACCCUGAAGCUCUCCGGCAACCCGUGGGAUCUGGAGGCGGCCAAGCAGAUCGUCACUCCUGCCUCCGUGUAUGAGGACAUGGCCGCUGCCGAGGCAGACGUGUCCAUCAAGGAGGAUGCCGCGGGCAUGCAGCUGGGCGCGAUCCCCGAUGCGACAGAAGAGGCGGCGCAGGACGCCUUGCUCGAGGAGGACGCUGAGGAUGCCGCGGCAGAUGCGAAGGCGCCUGUCAAGAAAGCGGCCAAGGUGACCCGGUCGGCGGUGCCUGUCUGGCUACCGCUGACCGUCCCCGAGGUCCCCAAGAAGGGCGACUUUGAUGUUCGCAGACUCCGGGACAGCAAAUACUUUUUCUCUUGA